AUGUCAUCCCUCCAGCAGCAGCUCAGUCGGCUGUCCUCUGAGACCAUAGUCUUCAGCUCGACCGGGGCUCGUAAGAAUGUCCCGUCUCUACUGUAUGGAGACAAUGCAAAGUCAAUUUCCGUGGAGACAAUUCAUGAAAUAGCGCUCGCCGCCCUUACAGAACUGCAGGGUAUCGACCCCAGUUUCGCCGCCUUCAGAGCCAAUAUCUUCCAUCCCAGUGCCCCACAAUAUGACCGGGAAGCCCACACAGAGGAACACAAUCUGACAUUUAUAGACAAGCCGAUGUCUCUCUUCCUGGACCAAGUAAUCCCAUAUCUUCAUCUUCCUGCGGCUCACAGGGCCAUCGAGUUCCUUAUUCGUCGCUUCCGUGCAGAUAUUAAGUGCGUUGAGCAGCUUGUAAUGGCCUUUCUACCUUAUCAUGAAACGGUAAUCUUCAGUUAUCUGGUUACCUGUCUUUUCAGCAUGAAUGAUCCUGAAAAACUCCCUAGCUCUCAUAUUUUGCUUUUGCUGGGCCGGGAUGGGUGGCCAGGUCCUCGAUCUAUACUUCUGAAGCAGCUCCGGAGAAAUUCAUACAGUCUUUAUGCUAAGCUGAUCUCUAAGGUCGUUGACCUCGAAAGGGUUUCGCCAGAGUCGUGCCUCUUCUACAUGCGGUUCUGCUUUGCCGUCACGUAUGACCUUCUGGGAUUCCCUUCCCUGGGCCAGGAUCAGGUGCUUCUUCGAGAAACGCUUCGGCUUGUCUCCUGGGCUCUGGGUCCCAAGGCUCACUCAGAGUGCCGAGAUGCGGCGUGUCUUCUGCUCCUGAGGGCCCCUCCUGUACUCUUGCAUGGCCUUGCAGAGUCGAAGCAAGGCAGAAAUGUCAUGAAGCUUUUCCUCUUGCAUCCUGUUAGCGGGGAUCGUCGGAGGGCUCUCAAGGUUCUUUUAGGACUUACACACAACGCUCUGGAGAAUAAUGUCCCCACUGUACUGACCCUGACUGACAUGCUUUACAGCCUGUGCCAAGGAGAUUGGGUACUAGAGCUCACGGGGAGCGCGUUUUCUGACCUUGUCAACACAGCAGCUAAGAGGAAGACAGACGAUAAAUGCCGCACUCUGCUGGUAUCCUUCACAUAUAUCUUCUCUGACUCACUCUUCCGCUUCACAGUUGUUCCCUGGAAGUCCACAAGUGUGCCAGACAAAGAUCGGCCAAGUCUGCUGGCAGCUUUUAGAAACGGGCUUCGGAGCAUCACUGCUGCACUCCGGGCCAUUGUUGAGGGGGAUAAGCAGAAGGAGAAGACUCUUCGUGUUGGACUCUCUAAGCUGAUCAGGCACGUAGCGUUUCUCAUUGCAAAGUACACCCUUGUCGAUCCAGACCCGUCGUCAAACUUAGAGCUCCAGGAACUUGCACGGUUAGCAGCUGACAUCGAUGUGCGUAGCUUCGCCAGUGGGGCUAUGCAAUCGGUAGAGGAAACAUCGGCGGAACCCCGUGACUCUGGUGCAGACGUCCCAAAUCGUGUAUUGGCACUUUUGUUUGGAGAGAAUAGAGAGGAAUACUGGAUGUUAGCCCCAGUGGCGGCGCCUUCAGGCGUGCCCUGUAUAUUGGCCCUUGAUAGUAGCUCAACGGAGCUGAGGACAAUGGGCUACAGCCAGGUUCAGGUUCUGAUAGAAAAAUUCGUGAACCAGAAGCCGGUAAACAUUAACGGAUUGCUGAAAACUCUUCCUCUAUUAUGCACUCGCCUACUUUCGGAGGGAGACACAAAGCUCCUCGAGACUCUGUGCGGCUGUAUAUCCCAUCUCAUAUCGUCCUUACCCCGAAGGCUAUCUACCUCGCUUCCAUCGGAUGAGCUAAUGACGCUUCUUUCUGAGACAGUCUUUUUCUACAAGCGUCUGAUAUCUAACGGGAUGCUGACUGAUACCUAUUUGUCCACGCUUGCACAGCUGCGGGAGUGUCUCUUUUGCCUUACAAAAGAGGAGAUCGGCCAGGAGUAUGCCUAUCUUGGGGCACACUUAGAGUUGCUGCAGUCCCCUGAUGCAUCGCAUAGAGUGCUUUCCGUCGAGGAGCUCAUCUUUCCAUUUGGUAGUAUAGCAGGAAUGCUUGAAGCUGUGAUGCUCUCUAUAAAGAAUGGUUAUGCGUCUAAGCAUUCAGAUAUAAUUAUAACGCACGUUUUGCAGAUUGAUGCCGCCGUCUCAGAAGGCUCUAAGGAGGGUGCCGUGUUUGAGGCAUUUAUAUCACAGGUCCUUGCGUCUCCGGGCUACUCACAUUUAUUUGUUGAUGUCCUUUGCCAGCAUAUUGCGGGAUGCUCUGCAUUUUUGCUAAACACAGCGAUAAAGCACAGUACCAGCCCUGACGUUUUGACGAGAAUAGGGACAGCUUAUGUAGCAGACAAGGACUUGUCUGCGUGGUCCACUCCCUUAUUUAGCGGGUCGUUCGAUAAGUUACUUGCAAGCUGCAUAUUGCACAACAUUUUCACGGACCAAACCUGGGUCUCUAGGGCAGUGGAGCAUUUUCAAAGCGCGUCUUCGAAAAAGGCAUCUAAGCGCUCUUCCGCUAAAGCCUCAAGAGGAUCGUCGAAGCGUGAGUCAACUGUUAUUCAGUCUCCCAAUGUAGAGGGGAAUAGCACAUGCGACCCUGACUUUCUUAUUGCCUGUGCAUUUUAUGUCUUGGACAAUAAGGAUGAGCAAGGCACAGAGCUUCUUAGGACUGCAAGCCAGGGGUUACAUCUUCUUGGCAGCAAGAUCAGUAAGGACAUCUAUGGCCCUAUUUGCGAGGCUUUGCAAAGCGCCCUGGGUACAGGAGAGCCAUUUGACUUGUCCGGUUCCAUCACCGAGCUCCUGACUUUGAUAGCAGGCUCGACGCGUAUGUGCCAUGUGUUCAUAGCACAGUUCAUUAGCAAGGCUCUGAUAUGCUGCAUAGAUCAAUGCGAGGAAGGUAGCAACCCUGUAGAAAUGCUCACAGACAUAGCCAUGUUCAUUAAUAACGCCUCCUCUGAAUCAUCGCCUACCACGAUGGUGUUGUUUGGGCACGCCCUAGAAAAGUCCGUCCUUACAUUGCUGGGGAGGCUCUCAUACACAGAUCGCAUAGGGAUGCUGCUACUGCCUGAUCAUGGCGAUUGCGCUGAUCCUAUGAUUUCCACCUUCUGUGAACAGUCGUCUCUGAGUCCCAACUUCCUUCAAACGUCUCUUUCCAGCUCACGCAUGACAAAUCCAGUUAAGAGUUCACUGAUUAACCUUGCAGAAUCCUGCUAUGUUUGUAUGGUUUCCAUUGCAGACUCCAUUACAGACAAGGAGGUCUCUGCGUGUGAGAUCCCUCUUCAGCAGGCACGACUCUACGCUGUCUUAGCUGUACUCGGAACCAUUCCAGAGCUUGUCUCCCUGUCACAUGACAUAUCGUCACUGGCUUUUAUUCUGCUAGGAGGCUGCGACUGUGCAUCUGUUCCUGAGGAGCUAGCCACUAUCUACAAGGAUCUGGCAGUAAGCAGCUUUGAAUAUUUGCUUCCCAUACCACUUUCAGUGGCUACUGAGCUAAGGCGUCUGGCAUCUGACUACGUUUCUCGUGCUCCUCUGGCAGUGGCGUAUGUUAACGAUUAUAUUUCAACAUUCCCCAUAGAAUUUCUCGAAUCCUUGACGCGCAGAAGACAUCUAAUAGAUGACCCUGGUGCUCUUCUGAGCAUUCUUAUUGCACAGAUUGCAGGCGGAGACAUUCAGAUUAAUCCUGAAAGCCGACGUGAGGUUCUUAUCCUGCGGCUGGUGCUGCGGAUGAUGUCCUUUAGCUCCUCUGAUAGAUCGAUAGAUAGCUAUCAGGAGAAAAAUGUCUAUGGGGAGUUUGCCGACAAAGACCAGAAGACGCCAGAAGACGACGAUAACUCUAAGACCCUGUCUCUUUUGAGAUCUUUGGAGGCCUUUGACCAGAUGUCUUGCAUUGUGCCGUCGCAAACAGACGCAGAAAGCCUCUCGGGCCUUUGCUUUUAUCAUCCCGAGCUUCUGGCAUGCGCACAAACAGUCGCUCCCGAUCGCUUUCAGACGUUAUUCAUUGCCCGUAUGGUCAAUAGAUUGACGGCAGAGCCGUAUCCCUCACCACUGCCCCCAGAGAAGAUAAGUCAGGUCAUUAUUAAUCUCUUCCAACUCGCAACUAAAAUUUACCCGGAUACCUCUUUGUUCUGGAGCACGGCAGUCACGCUAAUCAGGACCAGUGUAGACCUGACCUCACGUGAGCUAAUCUCAGCUCUUGAUCAGCAAAGAAUCUUCCUGGCUAUUCUUUCUCUGACGGAACAGGUGCACCACAGCAUUUACCUCCUGAUCUUCAUCCUUUCUAACAUAUACUCCAAAGCCAAUGACACAGAAACUAAGAAGGCCCCAAAGGUCUUGCAGGAUCAGUUGAUAGGACACUUUGUUACACGAGUGGAUAUGGAACGUCAACUGCAGGCGCUUUAUCUUCUCUGCCACGGGGUUGUCUGGAACUUUCUAAAGACAGGAGUACAUGAGCAGAAUCUUGAAGAUGCCAUCAAUGUACUGUCUAAGACGGCACACUGCAUAGAUCCUGACAGGAAGAUGCUUGAAUCAUCAGCGACCAUGCGGUCUCUGGGGUUCUCUCUACUAUUCGAUGAUCUUAGCUCCAGUUUGAAUUUUCUCAAUAGAAACGUUUCUGAAGAAGAGGAUGUUAAUUCCGUAUUCGAAGAUAAUCCCGUAGGAGGAGAGAGGGGCAACAGUGAGCAGGAUGACGAGGCAGUUGCAUGUGAGGAUAACUUCCUUUCGACUCUCUUAAUCCAUGUUAUGCGUGAAAUUUGGAAGAUACGGUCAAUUGAUGGUACGGAGAAGUCGUUGAAGAAAAAGGCACAAUCCGACCCUGCACUUAUGGGAGCGUUGAAGGCCGUGCAAAUGAGCAUCGACACUAUGAUAGUCUACUUGGACACAUACGCAUUCUAUGUUACUACCCAGACAGAGCAAUCUGUUGUCCGCUAUGCCAUGUCAUCCAUUAUUGGAGCCUCCAUUCUGCGGGUUAACGAUAAGGAGCGGGGAAGCAAGCUACUGGAAAAGCUCGUCGCUAAUCUUAGCGUCACAUCAUUGUCCAUGGCGUGCGUGAAGCUGUAUCAAAAUAUCUUAGACGGUAUAAAUCUACAACAGCCAUGCGUGACUCUCUUCCUGCUUCUUCGGCAAAAGAUAUCAGGCACACUUGAAGGCCGUAGAGUGGACGUAGAAGACGUGAAGCAGGCUUUUCUCGUACUAUAUAAUGUUUUUGUCGAUGUUAUUGCCGAAGACGUUGACAGAGAUUUGAAGAAGUUGAUUUUAGAUGUUUUGGUAGAAUUCUGUACUGGAUUUCCUACUGUCUUAGACCCUGCAGCCGCGGUGGCAAUAACGAAGGCUAUUUCCUCCGCAGAGUUCUAUGUGUCACUUUCAUCAUUGACUGACGGGGCGUCUAACAUCCUACAUGGUAGCUUGUACGCUCUUGGACACUUAGUUGAGGCGUGCGACUGCUCCAUCAUUCCCGUGCUCAAGGAACUUGUUCCGCCUUUACUCGGCUAUCUUAACGCCCAGGUGGUCAGGGAGGGGAUAUCAGCCCGCAUGGAAUCCUUCGAUGUCUCUUUCUAUUCAGAAACAACUCUUGCUGUUGUCACUGUACUCUCUAGCUUGAUGAUCUCCCAGGGGCGCUUCAUGACUCCUUAUCUCUCUGAGGUUAUCACCCUGCUCUGUAUCUUAUGUCCACUUGGUCCCUGUGUUGGCGAGGUUUUCGCCAUAGAUAAUGACAGUGCAUCUCCUCAGGAUAUCGACGUCAAGCUUGAUGUUGUCAGGAGAGUCUUUAAAGCUCUUCUUCCGGAGUUACCAAUGGAGACCCGGCACGGAAUAACGGAUUAUGCUCUAAAGAUUCUGACCACGGCAGUAGCCGGCCUUAGUGCUAUAUCGAGGGUGGUCGCCCUGCGUCUUCUCCUUCCAGCCAUGCACGUUGUUCUAGACAAAUAUGUGGUGCUGGUACGGAAGUACGCAUUGCAGUAUGUUGAGCCACUUGUCCACGCUAUUACUCUUGUCUUGUACCCCACACUUUCAGAAGCAGUUCUAACUAAUGAGCUUCGCGUGGAUGUUGUCAAGUUUGUCCUCUCCGUGGUCGCCAUGCGUGCAGAUAACUCUUGCUAUCCCCUGUUAUUUUCACAGUAUGAUCGACUUGAGACAUGCGCCAUCUAUCUCUUGGCCGAGCUGGAUCUGAAGAUGCAAGAGAAGUCUCUCGGAGGCGUCAUCGAGCAAUGCUGGUCUUGGUGCAUGGAGUGCACCAGUAACUCCUUAACUGAGGACAACACCGGUGAUGCACGCGCUACCAAAUUCAAUCUUUCGCUAUUUGGUUCAUUGUUUGAAAAGACAUACACAGAAGCUGUCACAAGUAUCCAGCUCACUUCUCCCCCUUCUGUCCCGCGGAUGACAGCCUGCGCACAUAUCUUGGCUGUGCUUGGCGGUCAGGAUCCUCAGCGCCUUGUUACAGGCGUCGGGAAGCUCUUGUAUGAGGUCAUCGGCACGUAUCUUUUUGCCAUCACGAGCCCACUGGGCUGCGUGCCGUAUAGCUUAGAUACUAAGACAAUCGCGCAGUUGCUCGAUACUAGGCAACGAGCGGUGGAGCUUUCUAGUGCGCCCAUGGGGAUGUUCAUAACAUGUGGUCUCGAGUCCUCGGCGUCUAUCAGUGGAAUCGCAGAGGAUAGCUUUUACGAAGUGUACUCUAUGGGCCGCUACUUUAAUCUCUUUCUCUUUGCAUGCGGGCAUGUUGUAGGAGCCCUGAGGGAUGACGUGUACAUUGCAGCGAUAAGCUUUAUGGUGGCAAUUGUCUGCUCUGCCGUAGCACCUUGCAAUGAGCUUAAGGACGUCGUUUACCCCUCCCUCAAAGUAGCACUACAGGCAGUGGAGGGGAACAACAAUACCCCCAUGCUUUGGGAAUAUCUCCAUGACAUGUCUAUAACCCUGACGAAGAACUCUAACGAUGCUUUUCGCCUCCGAGGGAUUGAACUUUUGGAGGUAUUUCUUUGUGUAGUACUUCCCCACGACACACAUUGGUUGACGAGAGCUGCUGGUGUGAUUGACGAGGCCAUUGAAGACUUGCAUGAAGGGGUCAGCGCAGCCGCCCAACAUCUAAUUCGGUCUGUUGAGAGCGUAACGGGCAAAUUGUAUAGAGACCUGGUCAGUGCUGGGGUGUAA